CAGGCAGACGUGAGUUCGCACAGGACAGGAAGCAGGACGGAGUAAACAAGCCUCCUCACAAAUCCCUGGACUCUUUUCAUUAUGUAUAUAAAAUUCUGCCGCAAUUAUGGAGAGGAUAAAAAAGACGAAGCCAAGGAAAACUUAUCACCCAAGUUAUCAGUUGAACUGGAGGGGGAGAGAGGCAAACAGACCGAGGGAAAUACACGUCUGUAUCGCGCAGGCUGUUUAUUCCUCACAUUGAUCUGCCUCAUCCUGCUGCUGGUCAUCAUCAUUCUCAGUGUGAAACUCCAGACUGGAUCCACUGAUUGCCCAGGGAGGGGCACAUCAUCUGUUGCGACCUGCAAGUAUGAGCAAUGCCUUGCCGACUUCCCGAAAGUUGAGCCCGAUCUGGUUGGCUGCAAGCGGUGUGCAGAUGGGUGGCUGGAGUUUGAAGGGUCCUGUUUUUACCUGUCCACCACCAGGCUGAACUGGAGGCAGAGCCAGAGUAACUGCAGCGCCAGAGGAGGAUCUUUGGCCGUCAUCUCCAGCCAGAAAUUUCAGAGUUUUCUGACUGAGAAGGGGGAGAAGCGGGGAUACUGGAUCGGGCUGAGACGUAAUGAAAAUCAAUGGAGCUGGAUCAACAACACUCCACUGCAAGAGAGUUAUUGGAUAGAUGAUAGGCAACCCGGGGAUUGUGGCUUCUUGAAAACUUCAAGGCCACACCAGAAGAACUGGAUGAAGUGGUCCUGCGCAUCCACUACCUACUUCAUCUGUGAACUGCAGAUCCUUUUCCAUGUUCAAGCAUAGACUCUUCAGUAACACGUCGAAUCGUUUCUCUUUCCACUUUUCAAUCAGUAGAAUCCAGCAGAACAAAGUAACAAAGCUUCUUUGGCAAUAGCUGUUUUGUAUUUAACACCUGUGGAUUUAUAGCUAUAUUUUCUGGUAGCAUCAUUAGAACUUGAAGGCAGCAUUUAUAAGCUCUGAUCUAGGUAUUGCAAUCUUCACUGCACGAUUCCAUAUACUGCUGUACGACCUUUUCACAAAGAGAUGCCAGUGACUUUGUUUCAGCAAGGUUUUAUUUUCAUAUAAAAUAGUCAUGCAUCAACCUAACAAGUACAAUUUCUACAUUUCAUUUAGUUUUAGCUCAUUAUAUACAGUAUUACUGCUACAUAUGUUUUAUAUUGCUAUAAAAAUAACACAACUCUUUUCUAUAGCAUAAUACUGCAGGAAUAAUUGCACUGUUGUCUACAUAGAGAAACUGGGAUUGUUCUUCUUGUAAGUUAGUUCAGUGAAUUUCAUCAGCACCAUAGAGCUGUGAGAUAAUAGAAGGCCUUGGAUGACACAGUCCACGCUCACACAGAGUUUCCCUCUAAACAUGUUUAAUAUCCUGGUCCUCCUCCAGCUCGUCCUGCUCCAUCUCCAAACCCAAAGCACUGUGGCGAAUCAUCUGCCAGCCCGUCAGUGUCUUCCUGUUGCCAAACCCACCUCUGUUUUUAGGUCUGAGGGUCGGGGUCCCUGAGCUUGAGCCCUUCAUCAUGUCCAUUUUCUCCAAUCCCUCCUUUUCCUCUUCUUUGGAGAAGGCUCUGAUGUAACGUCUCAUCUUCUGCAACAUGGAGUCGUUUCUGUCCUCAACCCUGCAACACGGUCAGAUUAAAGCAGGAGUAACAGACGUAUGAAGAUAAACCCCUUACACUGAAAACUAUUAUUUAACAAAUAUCUGAUCUUUUUAGAGAUGAAAACCCUCUGCUUUCCUCUUUAAGUUUUCUUUAUUUGCACAUUUUGUUCAUCUACGAUAUGGCAUGCUUAAGUUCAAGUUUUGGUAAACAUGCUUAUUCUCUAACGGAGAAACACACAUUUUUCCUCUGACCACAAACUAUAGGGCCUCAAAUGCCUCCACUUUAAGUCUACUUCAUAUCUGCAGCUUGAGGUAGUGUUGUGCUGUGAGUCAGCACAACUCUCACUUUCUCCCUUUGUCAUUAUCAUUUGUAUUUGAGAAGUACAAGCUUGCCAUUUUGCAAAGAGUUCGAUGAGAAGAUACCACCCUAGAAGACUGGAAACAGCCCCUCAUCGUAUAGUAACACAAUCCCUACCAGCGAUCCUGAAGCUCAUUAGUAGUUAUGUAUUGCCCCCAGUUGUAGCUUCUUGUUGACUUUAUAUACGUACAGUGGUGUUGACCUUCUCCAUAGACGUAUAUAAUAUAGAUAUAUAAAGACAUGCCCAACUGCCUCGAUCGCUACCUGGUGCAGUAUGGCUCAUAAGUACCACCUCCUCCAUGUUAGUUGAUGGGGCAUGAGCCAACCAAAUCAAAGUAAACAUUAUAUAAAUAUUUUUUACAAAAAGUUUCUGCCAUUUUAGCAAGCAUUUUUACAGUAAGUUUGAUUUUAAUUAGUUACUCAAUGCAAAAAAAACAUAGCAAAACGCUACAAUUGACAGCUGCAUCGAGGAGACCUCACUACCGAUAGGUGCAACGCACACUCUGGCUCGAUUGCACAAGAUGGCGGCCUUUUGGAUACCGGGACGUGUGGCUGCAGUGCAUUUAAGGCUUAGGUUGUGGUCAGUAGACACAUUUGCAUCUCCUGUUAUUAUUGUUUGUUGU